AUGUUACUACCAGCUCUCUGCUUUUUGAUGAGCGGCCUCGCCGCGCAACGCACUAAACAACCCGCGCCCAGCUGCCAGGUCGACAACUGCGAGCAGUGUAACGCCGACAAUGUCCACUGCGACCAGUGCGCAGCGGGCUUCGACCCCAACACCGACAAGACGCAGUGCGUCAGGGCGUGCCAGGUCGACAACUGCGAGCAGUGUAACGCCGACAAUGUCCACUGCGACCAGUGCGCAGCGGGCUUCGACCCCAACACCGACAAGACGCAGUGCGUCAGGGCGUGCCAGGUCGACAACUGCGAGCAGUGUAACGCCGACAAUGUCCACUGCGACCAGUGCGCAGCGGGCUUCGACCCCAACACCGACAAGACGCAGUGCGUCAGGGCGUGCCAGGUCGACAACUGCGAGCAGUGUAACGCCGACAAUGUCCACUGCGACCAGUGCGCAGCGGGCUUCGACCCCAACACCGACAAGACGCAGUGCGUCAGGGCGUGCCAGGUCGACAACUGCGAGCAGUGUAACGCCGACAAUGUCCACUGCGACCAGUGCGCAGCGGGCUUCGACCCCAACACCGACAAGACGCAGUGCGUCAGGGCGUGCCAGGUCGACAACUGCGAGCAGUGUAACGCCGACAAUGUCCACUGCGACCAGUGCGCAGCGGGCUUCGACCCCAACACCGACAAGACGCAGUGCGUCAGGGCGUGCCAGGUCGACAACUGCGAGCAGUGUAACGCCGACAAUGUCCACUGCGACCAGUGCGCAGCGGGCUUCGACCCCAACACCGACAAGACGCAGUGCGUCAGGGCGUGCCAGGUCGACAACUGCGAGCAGUGUAACGCCGACAAUGUCCACUGCGACCAGUGCGCAGCGGGCUUCGACCCCAACACCGACAAGACGCAGUGCGUCAGGGCGUGCCAGGUCGACAACUGCGAGCAGUGUAACGCCGACAAUGUCCACUGCGACCAGUGCGCAGCGGGCUUCGACCCCAACACCGACAAGACGCAGUGCGUCAGGGCGUGCCAGGUCGACAACUGCGAGCAGUGUAACGCCGACAAUGUCCACUGCGACCAGUGCGCAGCGGGCUUCGACCCCAACACCGACAAGACGCAGUGCGUCAGGGCGUGCCAGGUCGACAACUGCGAGCAGUGUAACGCCGACAAUGUCCACUGCGACCAGUGCGCAGCGGGCUUCGACCCCAACACCGACAAGACGCAGUGCGUCAGGGCGUGCCAGGUCGACAACUGCGAGCAGUGUAACGCCGACAAUGUCCACUGCGACCAGUGCGCAGCGGGCUUCGACCCCAACACCGACAAGACGCAGUGCAUAUCUUCUAGUAUCAACAAGAGUAGCGGCCUCUCCACGGGGGCCAUAGCUGGUAUCUCCGUGGCUGUGGUCGUCGUCGUGGGGGGCCUCGUGGGCUUCCUCUGCUGGUGGUUCCUGUGUAGGGGUAAGGCGUAG